AUGAGGAUGAAUUGCCUUGCAUUCCUCUCACUCCUCUUCACACUCCUUCCCUUCCAUCUUCAAUCAAUCUCCACCGGCACAGCUUACAUCCAUCGAAGCUGUAACUCAACAGACGACCCGAAGCUCUGCUGCAAGACGCUCUCUCGCUAUCCCAGAGUCGUCCAAUCCAAUCCGGCUAGGCUGGCCCGCGUCGCCAUAUCCGUCAGCCACUCUCACGUCAAUGGAGUCGCCGCCUACCUGUCCAAUAUUAUUAAUUCCCGUGAAGUUUCCCCAACUCCAAUCAAAGACUGCGCGGACUUUCUGAGCGACGCGACGGAGGAGAUUGGUGAUUCGUUAGGGCAAAUGCGGGAAAUGGGGGAGGACCCAGGAGCUCCAGAUUUUGGAUCAAACGUCAGCAACGUGGAGACGUGGAUGAGUGCAGCCUUCGCGUACGAGGAGUUAUGUAAAGACGAGCUUGAGUAUGUCACGGAUGUGGAGAUGAAGAAGGAUUUGUUUGAUAGGGUGCAUCAUGUGCAGAAGAUUACAUUGAAUGCACUUGGAUUUGCAAUUGAGGAGGAGUGUGAGCAUAUCCGGAAUAUUUUGAAGAUGUAUGAAAUUGCUUCGGGACAGAAGGUGAAUUUGCAAAAGUCGUCGGUUUUCUAUAGUCCUAACACGAAAGAUGAUACCAAGCAGGCCAUUUCACUGCAAUAUCAUCCAUAUGGAUAA